ACAGACACCGGAAAUGAGCUAUUGAAAAUGGCGAAGAUUCCGAAUCCGACAACAAUAAGAAUCAUUUUUUUUGUUUUUACCAUCGUAAUCUACAGUAUUUCACCAACAUUGGCACUAGAUAAUAAGUUUCAAUCAAACAAGCAGGAAGGAAAAGAAGAAAAUGUGCAAUCAAAAAAGAAAUUGGUGGAAUAUAAAUUGGCCAAGGAUCCAAGGUGUUCAUCAGAUGUAGUAACUUUUUGUUCAGAUAGUAUUGUUAAUAAUAACUAUCAAGUUCUUGAUUGCUUACAUGAUGAUAAAGUUUUACAAUCAUUAAGCAACGAUUGCCAUAAUUUAAUAUGGCAAUACAAGAAAAAUCUUACCCAAGAUAUUCGGUUCGAUCAUGCUAUGAAUAAUGCUUGUAAAAGAACGCUGAAAAAAGUUCCGGAGUGUCAGUCAUUGGAACGAGGAAAAGGAUUGAUUAUUCCAUGUCUCAUUGAUAAUCGUCUAAAGUUAACUGAAGAAUCAGAUCUGGAAUGUAAAAAGUUUUUAACUAAAGUUUCAGCUCUAGUUUUUACUGAUUUUCGCUUAGCAAAACAAUAUUUCGAUAAGUGUUCUUCUGAUAUAAAAAAGUAUCGUUGUGGUCGAGUGGAAAACUCUGACGUGCAUGAAGAAGGUAGACCCUUGCUGCAUAAGCAGAGUAGCACUAUUGAGUGUUUGUAUAAAACUACAGAAGAUAACAAUAAAACUCUCAGCAAAGAUUGUGAACAUGAAGUUUUUCGUCUUGCUGAGUUACAAUCCGACGACUACCAUCUAGACCGAGUAUUGUAUUAUGCUUGUAAAGAUGAUCGGGAAAGAUUCUGUAAAGAAUUAACCUCAGGAGAAGGAAAGGUCUAUCGCUGUCUUUUUAGACAUAAGAUGCACGAAGAGAUGUCUAUACAAUGCAGGAAACAAUUACGAAAAAGGCAAAAACUAGGAAUGAAAGAUUAUAAAAUUCGGCAUGGUAUAGCCCAAAAAUGUAAAUAUGAUAUUAGACGAUUAUCUUGCAUGAAAGACGCCGGAAAGCACACUUAUCAGCAAGUUAGAUUGGCACAUAUUUUACAAUGCUUGGAAAAUGCUUUAGAGGAGCCUGAGGAAUCCCUAAGACCAGAGUGUUUAGUCGAAGUUCGAAAUUUAAAGAGAGAAUUAUUAGAAGACUAUUCAAUAACACCAGAAAUAAUGCUAAAUUGUCAAUCAGAGAUUAAAGGAAUUUGCAAGGGUUUGGAAAGAAAUGGCAAAACAUUACACUGUCUUAUGAAAGCAUCUAUUCUUAAUGAAAAUCAUCGUGGAGUAAAUGAAACUUGUUUUGAAGCUUUAAAGAAAUUAAUGGAUAUAGCAAGACCAAAUUCUGAUUUUAAAUUAGAUCCUCUUUUACACGAAAGUUGUCAGUCUGUUGCGGAAAAGAGUUGUUCUGAUAUUCAAAGUUCCAGAGGUGUUUAUGAAUGUCUUCUUUAUAAAAUUGGAACUAAAGAUAUGACCGAAGUUUGCGAAGCUAGACUGAUUGAAAUGGAAUACUUUGCACAAAGAAAUAUCCGGUUACAGCCAACACUAUAUCGCGUUUGCUAUGGAGAUAUAAAAAAGCUUUGUAAUCCAUCAGAAACAAGCGACUUAACACCAUCUCAUAUCUUUGCUUGUCUAUACCAAAAACGACGUGGCGCAGAUGAAGUCGAAAAACUAUCGCCCGAUUGUGAACACGGAAUAAAAAAAACUAUGCGCUUGCGUGCCCUAAAAGUCCAAUUGGAUCCGGAACUGGAAGAGUAUUGUAUAAAAGACCUGAGUUUACAUUGUGGUGACAAAAGAGGAAUAGGUGAAGAAAUGAACUGUCUUAUUGAAAAAUACACGUUUCUUUCUAACACGACAUGUAAAGAGGCUAUAAAAGAACGUUUAGCUGAUAGAAUGGAGGAUCCAUUGGAUUUGAAUCAAAUAUUCGCUAGAGCUUGUGCUCCAAUGGUAGCUAAAUUUUGCCAUGAUAUUGUUGAAGAAGAAAUUAUAACUUGCUUAAUCAAACACAAAACAAAGGAGGAUAUGGAUGAGAAGUGUGCUAGUGGAAUUGAGCAUCAUCAAAUUUUAACAUUAAGAGAUUAUCGGUUUUCAAGAAAAUUCAAGCUCUCUUGCUCAAACUCAGUUCAAACUAUUUGCGCAAACAUAGUUAAAAAAAAUGAAGUAAUUCAUUGUUUGUCGGAAGCUAUUCAUAAAGAUACACUACUUGAUAAACAGCAAAGAGUUGAUAAAGCAUGUCGUAACCAAAUUAAAUUUGAAAUAUUAUCUAGAUCUGAAAGUAUUAAACUUGACGCACGUUUACAAGAAAGUUGUCGGAUGGAUAUACAAAAGAAUUGCAAAGGAGUUAAGCCUGGCAGGGGACGAGUUCUUCGAUGUCUUAAAAAACAUAUUGACAAUUUGAUGGAUAAUUGUUAUAAGUAUGUGUUUCAACAAGAAAAAGAUGAAAGUAAUAUAGGAGAGGUUGCUGAUUAUAAUUUUAUGCGUGCGUGUGACGGCAUGAUCAAAUUUCAUUGUAAUAAUCAAAGGCGCAACAUUUUAAAAUGCCUGAGAAGAUUUAAAAAUGAACCUGAUUUCGAUAGUGAAUGCCGCAAUGCCAUACUUGAAAAACAAGAAGAACGCUCGAGAUAUAUAGAAUUGCAGCCAGGUCUGCAUAAAGCGUGCCAAUCUGAUAUAAAAAAGCUGUGCUCUGGAAUUUUAGCAGAUAAGCACACAAAAGAUUCGAUGAUUGGUGGUAUGGUGAUGAAUUGCUUGAGGAAAAAUUUUAGAAUGAAAAAAUUGUCGAGAUCGUGUAAAGAUGAAGUUGCAGUUGUUAUUAGACAAUCAGCUAUGGACUAUAAACAAGACCCUAUUUUGGCUAAACAUUGCGAAGUACAUAUAAAACAAUUAUGUCUGGAAGAAUUAUCUGGCGAUUUAGAUGCCGACGGAGCAGUUGUUAACUGUUUAAAAAAGAAUUUCCAAAAUGGAAAUUUGCAAAAAGUUGACCCAAGAGACACUAAUCUAUGUGUUCAAGAAGUUGUUCGCGUACUCAGUGAAAGCAAAAUUGAUAUUCAUUUUGAUCCUAUUUUAUAUAAUGCUUGCUCGGAAGAAUUGAGACAUCAUUGUCCUGCUGUUUCAAGAGGAGAAGGUCGUCUUUUGUCUUGUCUCUUAAAUGUUUUAAAUGAAAAAAAUGAAAAUCUUGCUGACAAGUGCAAAAAAGAAUUGGAAUCAAGAAAAGAGAUGUGGGAACUAGCCGCUGAGCCUCAAGUUGCUCAAAGCUUACCUGAGAUGGCUCAACAUGUUUCAAUUAGUCCAGUUAGGAAUCAAUUAAUGGUGUUUGGUCUGCUAAUAAUUGGAGUCAUUUUCCUUGGUGGUCUUUUCUGUGGGAGAGUAACCAAAAGAGUAGCUCAAGUAGCCAAAGACAAGUAA